AUGCGGAAAUUUUGUGCGUUGUGUGUGUAUAAACAAUUACGUAAAUAAGAGUAAAACAUAAGAUGGGAAAAAAAAAGAACUUGAAAACUGUUAACAUUCAUUGCCGUCGAUUAUUUGUUGUACGCUUAAUUAACUGAACAAAGCGACUUUGCAAAAAACCAAAAAAAAAAAGUAGAAGCAGUUUCAUAUCCGUACACAGAUGCUAGCGAAGCGUAUAUGAAUGAACAUAUUUGCGAGAUUAUCUUAGCUUGUGCUUAUAUUCCGUACCUAGUACUACUACUACUACUACUACUACGACUAUGCGCGCAAACGAGGACCCAUACAAAUACGUGAUGACAAUAUGAAAACCAAGCAUAAUAGUUGCAUUAGUGCUGCUGCUGUUGCUACCGAGGCUGGUGAAAAAAUGAAAUCCGUAAUAUUUUAUCCUUAUGGGCCGUUAACGGGACUCGGAUGUUUUCCCAAAUUACAUGCUAAAAACUUAGCCGCGUCAAGCGCAAUAUACACAAUUAACAUAUCGCUGUUAAUUGUGUUAAUUUAUUCCUGGCGUAUAAAUGUUAAUAAAGCAAGCUCCAGCGAUUUGGAAGAUGUCUAUUAUGGGGUACAGAUAGCGUAUUGUGCUAUAAUAGGGACGCAAAUGUCAAUAAUCGUUUUGAGUGUGAUGUUAAUGUUUGGCAUUUAUAAGGAAAAUCCUGGUUUAAUUGUACCUUGGAUUAUUGGGUAUAUUACCUUAAUGGCAUUAGAAGCAGUGGCCAUGGUUUACUCAAAUGUAUUGCGUGAUCACGUUAACAAGCAAUUUGAUGCUAUGUGUAAACUCGAAGUGGCCUUUUUUAUAACACGCGCUUUUAUAAACGUUCUUGUCAUGUGGGGCGUUUUGCGUUUUUACAAUUUGCUGCGCUCUGGCAUUACUUGGAGGGGUCCCGAGGCUAAAACCGCUACCACCACAUUUACAACGCAACCAAUCAUAUAUAAUGAAUGUCAAAACGGCAAUCGUUGUCGCUACAGCUCAAGUUCCGAAUCUCUAUCUCCGGUGGAAUGUUGCGAUUUUUUUAAUUUCGACAACGCAGACGAUGAUUAUGUUUAUGAGGACGAUGAAGAUUAUUAUGAACAAUAUUUUGAUAAAGAUAACGAAUCGAGAGAUGGAGAGGACAAUGUUUGCUCGAUGUAUGAAGCCUCUUCAAGUUGUGAACUCAACGAUCGUAACUGCGCCCGUCCUUUAUUGGCUAACAGCAAACGUUAUAAGAAAUAUAAAAUCAAUCAUAUGCAAGCACGUUUGGAAGUUAUUAACGAGUCAGAGCAUAGCGCUGCUGACAGCGGAAGCGAAGAAAAUGAUACGUUAUUGACGCUUCGCGAUAACAGUGCGUCCUUACCGUCCGUUUGACAUUGGCCAGAUUGCAUUAGAAAUGCAAAAGAAACCCAUCCAAAAAUUUAUUGUGCCCAAUGUGUAUUGCACGAACUACGUCUUCAUCAGCACUCGCAUAACCAAUUUUAUAGCCAGCAUUAUAAUAAACGCCGUCAUCCAUUCCGUCAUCUUUACUGCUGUGUAAAUGUUUUAUUAGUGACAAUAUUGGUAGCGAUAGAAAUUUAUGCACAAAUAGUAAUUUUUCUUUAAAUGUUGUUAAGCUGAAAUUUUUAGGGAAUAAAAAUCACCUCAUAGCGCCCAUCUUUCGCAUCAAUUCGUGAUCUCUACCAUUCGAAAAUCUUCACAUAUCGAGAACAAUAGACCAAUAACGCGCACUCGUCAUAGCAAACGAAGGCCUUAAACGGUUAUACACUUGCUUAAUAUGAAGGUUUGAAAUAUUAGUUUGGGGAAAAAGAAAUCCAUUAUUUUUA